UUGGCAGCAAUAUAAGAACAGGAUGGGUUUAAUACUUUAAUUAAAGUGUCAUCAUUGGGCGAUAGACGACGGUUAGUGCUAAGAUUAAGAAAGUAAGGGCAGCAAACUAAACAACCGUUCGCGAAUACCCGCGUCUUGAGCUUCCACUCAAUUUCGUAAAUCCCUUCCGAAUCUCUCUCCACCCUCCCCACAGGCCAAAAGCCACAGGAGCUGCUUGGGAAUUGUGAGUGUCAGAUAAAUAACAAGAACAGGAUGUAAAUUUGUUUCAAGUGUCGAAAAUCCAAUGGAAUGAUUCAUCUGAUGUCAGCUCUCGAACUAUAAAUUUUACUUCCAAGCGAUCAGCAGUUUGCCCAAAAAAUUUUUUUCUAGAAUGCUUGGAUUUUAUAUUCCAAAAUCAGAGUGCUCUUAAGUCUUAACUCAAUGGCUGCAGCUGGAUGCCUGGACCAUUCUCCAAUGAUUUGUUGAAUUGAACAAACUGGAUAAGUCAUCCUUCAAACUUACCGUUGCUAUCUUCCUCCAAUAUAGGCUUGUCCUUCCUUCAGGAAGAAAGUCAUUUCAUGGAUGAUGGUCCUGCAAAAUUAAAUAUCAUUCCUGAUCACUUUCAAGUUCCAACAUCAAGUCAAGAAUCUCCUGAAAACACAUCAUCGUCUAUUACAGAACCUCAAACUGAUCAAUCCCCAAGGUCCCCACACCAUUUGCGGACCCGAAGGAAAUUAAAGACGGCUUUGAUGCUGAGCUUGUUUUCUCCGAGGCGGCUCUCAUGGAUUUCCAGUAAUGAAGGUCAGGAGAAGGUAGAACUAACUGUUGCAGAAGUAGAGUCACUUCGAUCUGAACUUACUGAUAUAGAGGAGAGGGAAGCUCAUUUGAAAGCUCGAGUGGAACAUGUUGAUGAAGUUUUGCGGUCAGCACGUCUAUCUGGCUACUUAUACAUCCGAACUAGAUGGGAAGCCCUACCAGGCGAACCUCCACCUAUAGAUGAUACAGAAGUAGAUGAUUGGCUUCCUCGCUUUGUUGUUCUCCACGGAGAAUGUAUAUUCUUAUAUUUGUUGUGUACAGAUCUAAGUCCUCAGGACUCGACCCUUCUAUCGGACAUCAUUGAGGUAGGGAGGUUACCAAGUUUCAAACGUGAUGAUGAGAUUCAAUAUGCCUUUUAUAUUUUGACUCAGCUCGGAUUACGUUAUGAGUGCUCAAGCAAUUCUAAGAUACAGGUGGACUGUUGGUUAUCAGCUCUUCAAACUGACUGUAAAUUGGAAUCUGAUACAUCAAUUCCAAAUGUUUGGAUUAAGAUGUAAUAUAACGGAUAGUCAGAUACCUUGUUUGGGCAUAUAACUUGAAUUUAAUGAGCGUAAUUGAUGGCAGUAAAAAUAGAAGAGGCCUUGAAAAUCAUUUAAAAAACAAGGCAAUCUGGUAAGCUAUUCUGCUUCCAGAAAAAUGCAGGGUAGAAUGGAGAUCGAUAUUGUUCGCCAACAUUCGGAGACAGUUUAGACCAUCUCUUAUUCUGCUUUAAUCUCCCAAGUUUUAUCACUUUGUGGUAGACUGAUACUCAUGCAAUUUUCAUCUAAUAGUAACUGGUGGCCUAAGUCUAGGAGCUAAGGAUGAUCUGACACGGGAACCAAUUUUUCUCCGAAUAUUUAUGUACACGGACAAUGGCUUCAACUCAGAGCUUCACCCAAAUAACUUUGUCAAACUGAUGCUUUCUGCUAAAUAAUUAUUUAAGUUGCACACUAUCUCAAAAUAAACCAUAAAAAGUAAAAGUAAAAAUCACCCAUUUUCAUGUAAGAAUCUCAUUAAUACUUUUAGAAGCUUCAUUUAGUCUUUAUUUGUCCCUCUUUCCCAUACGCAUGUCCUCUUCUUUUAUUGGCGUUAUCCACCAGUUGGAAAUGGUAUUGGUUCCAUGAGGAGAGAGGAUAGUAAAUGACUGGUUCUCUACUUGGCUUUGUCCAAUCAAGCCGUGCAUGUAAAGUAUUGACAAGUGUAACACCCAUAUUAUCACAAUGUCA